GCCACCGCUCUUCGUCUCUUCGACUGUGUCGCUCCCAAGCGAGCAAGCUGCAUCGAUACAAUCGAGCACCAGAACGGAUCGUCCCCUUUUCUAAUCUCCUCCCUCCUUCUAUUUCUCAUCUCUCGAAUCGAAUCGAACCUCGCCGACCUCGCGCUUCACCUCCACGGAUCGCCGGCCUCGCUCCCGCCGCCCGCCGCCCGCCGCACGCCGUGACGAUGAGCGCAGUCUCGAGUCCUCUGGCUUCAGUGAGAAAUCCCCGGGCGCAGCUCUCGUCGAGUUGUCCACUCAAGCCAUCAGUCCGAUGCCUGGGAAGUGUACGGCAUACAAACUUGUUGUUCGCUACAAAUCAAACUGGAAUGCUGCAGCUCCGCUCGUCAAGGCAACUCACUGUCGGUGCUGAGUAUAGAGAUGGUGGAAGGCCAAGCAGUGCAAGCAUCUUUGUUGGCGGCUUUGUCUUAGGAGGAAUCAUAGUCGGUGCCCUUGGUUGUGUGUAUGCACCUCAGAUCAGCAAGGCACUGGCUGGAACUGACAGGAAGGAUUUGAUGAGGAAAUUACCGAAAUUCAUCUAUGAUGAAGAGAAGGCUUUGGAGAAAACGAGGAAGGUGCUUGCCGAGAAGAUUGCACAGCUCAAUUCAGCUAUAGAUGAUGUAUCCUCUGAGCUCCGAACUGAAGAAUCAUCAGAUGAGAUUGCUGUUGCCCCUGAUGAAAUUGAAGCUGCUGUUUGAUGGCCCAAACCUCCCAGGCCUACGAUCAUGGUCAUCUUCUGUUUUGGUGCAAUUGGCUCUACCUUUUUGGUGGCCUCCAUAUAACAGAAUAAUGGUUCAUAUUGUAAAAUCUUCUGUUUAUUUCUAAAGACCAAUGCACUCAGUUUCUUUUGAUAUGAUUGUCUCGAUUGAGGAAGUGCAUCAUUCGUGGUAUGAUUAUGCAGAAUACCAUUUAACUCAGCAGACUUUGUACCGUAUCAUCGCAGCUUUUCCCUUCUUGUGUAUGCAUAAAUCUAGUCCUUCAUUGAAA